UCCUCUGCUCCCGGCCCUGCUACUUUCUCCCCUUUCUCUCCCUUCUUCCUCUCUUCUUCCCCCCCCCCUUCCCCCCCGCCCCUGCCCCCCGCUCCCCCACCAUGUCUUUCCCCCAGCUGGGCUACCAGUACAUCAGGCCGAUUUACCCGGCGGAGCGCCCGGGGAGCGGCGGCUCCCGCGGCGGCGCCGAGCUGGCCCCGUCCGGGACCCUCUCCAACGUGCUCUCCUCCAUGUACGGCGCGCCCUACGCCGCCGCCGCCGCCGCCCAGGGCUACGGAGCCUUCCUGCCCUACGCCGCGGAGCUGCCCAUCUUCCCCCAGCUGGGUGCCCAGUACGAGCUGAAGGAGAGCCCGGGAGUCCAGCACGCCGCCUUCCCCCACCACCACCCCGCCUUCUACCCCUACGGCCAGUACCAGUUUGGGGACCCGUCGCGACCCAAGAACGCUACCCGCGAGAGCACCAGCACCCUCAAGGCCUGGCUCAACGAGCACCGGAAAAACCCCUACCCCACCAAGGGCGAGAAGAUCAUGCUGGCCAUCAUCACCAAAAUGACCCUCACCCAGGUCUCCACCUGGUUUGCCAACGCUCGGCGGCGGCUCAAAAAGGAGAACAAAAUGACCUGGGCCCCCCGCAGCCGGACGGACGAGGAGGGCAACUCCUACGGGAGCGACCACGAGGGGGAAGAGGACAAGAGAGAGGACGAGGAGGAGAUCGACCUGGAGAACAUCGACACCGAGAAUAUUGAGAGCACCAAGGACGAGCUAGAGGACGAGCUGCAGGACGCUGACCUCCUGCACUCCGACUCCAAGACGGACUCGGAGGGCUCCGAGGGCUUUGAGGACUUGCCCGGCUCCGACGAGCGCUACCUCAAGGCGUCCGAGGGGGAACCGCAUCACCUCCGCCACCACCACCUCCACCAGCAUCAUCACCAUCACCACCACCACAAGUGCGAGCUCCCCGCCGCCCCCGCCUCCGCUGGCCUGGAGCCCCUCAAGCCGCCCCUCCAGCCUCUGCCACACCACCUCUCUUCCCCGUCCUCCGCCUCCUCCUCCGCCGCCUCCUCCCCGACGGACGGCGCUUUGGCCGGCACCUUGCCGAAGCCCAAGAUCUGGUCGUUGGCCGAGACGGCCACCAGCCCAGACAACCCCCGCAAGUCCCCCGGUGGCGGCUCCCCGCCGGCUGCCGCCCCGCAGCCGCUGCCGCUGCCGCCCCCGCCGCCCCACAGACUCGUCUCCUCUUGCCCCCUGGGCAAGUUCCCCAACUGGACCAACCGCGCCUUCCCGGCCCACCACCACCAUCACCACCCGGCCCCGCACCCGCUGGCCUUACUGAACACUCCCCACCUGCUGGGGCUGGGGGCCGCCCCCGCCGCCCCCUCCGCCGCCGCCGCCUUUACGCGGCCCGCGGACCAGGCGCAGAGCACGGAGCCCGCCGGAGCAGAUCGAUCUAGUGCCUUGGAAGUAGAGAAAAAGUUAAUAAAGACAGCUUUCCAGCCAGUGCAGAGGCGGCCUCAGAACCAGCUCGAUGCCGCUAUGGUUCUAUCGGCGUUGUCAUCAUCAUAGCUCAUUUUUAUAUUGUUGUUGUAAUGAUUGUAAAAAAAUCUCUGUAUAGUUACGACUUGUAAGCAUGUCCGUAUAAUUAAAAUUAAAAAGGAAAAAAAAAACCCAACCCCAAACCCGCUUCUGUACUAUCAUCUGGAUUAGCUGAGUUUGUGAGGUUUUUUGAAAGUCCGGUGAGAACUAGAUGUUUCGUUUUUUUUUGUUGUUGUUGUUGUUUUUGUACAUACAGUAAAAAAUGUACAUAUGUGUGAACCAAAUUGUACAAGAAAGUAUAUAUUUUUGGCUAAUAAAGAAACUGUUGCCACUUUGACUACA